AUGCCGCAACUAUCGCAAAAUUCACUACUGGAGAGCUCGUACCGUAGCCUCCAACAAUCGCCACCGUCUCUGUUUGAUACAAUUCGCUGCCCUGCUUUCUUACGUUACAACGUGGUGCAGCGCACGCUCUCAGCUGCAGUGCUUGCUCCUGCAUUGACAGUCUUCCUAUGGCUUUCACCUGCAAUUGCCACGUCUACUGUCUGUAGCUUUAUGACAAGUACAUGCUCAUACGAAUACGCGUGUCUAGCUAAUCGCAUUCGUCUACGACUGUUAACAAGACUCGAGGCGCUUGAGAACUCUACGGGCAACGAAACAAAACCAAGGUUGUCGACCAGCGACAUUUCUUCAAGUGACUCGCAAGAUUAUCACGACGAUAGAUGCACAAGCAUUAAUAGCUUUGAGUGUGAAGUCGCGACUGUUAAUAAGACUGUUGGAAUCAAUAGCCAUGGCACUGCUCAACUGCAUCGAGGACAGUCAAGCGAUGAUGAUAAAUAUUUCGCUCCUAUGCUAUCACGAACUACAGCUUCUCGAGCUUUUCACGAAGAACAAGAGGCUAGGGAAAUGGCUCGAGUGAAUAACGAGUUAAAAGAACAAGAAGCUCGACUCCGUCGCUGUGCAGUCACAAAUGUGGCCACAUCUUUUUUCAAAGGAUACGAGUGGCUGGCGGCCGUGGCCGUUUCUGCUGUCAUGUGUACCAUUUCGUCCGGUAUUUUCUUACUAGCAAUUCAAAAUAUGCCUGUCCUCGCAACAACUGAAUUUUACGCUGCCCGAGCAUUUUACACCAUCGCGACAGGUUUUGUGGCAGCAAUGUGUGCGUGCAUGUCACCUGACUGGCAAUAUGCUGUCGUUAUUUUCGUACAAAAUGCCAUCUUUACAAUCCUCACCUUGCAUUCCACUGCUUGUCCGAUUAAUGUUCUCUCUUGCCACAUGGCCAUUAAGCCAGCACAGAUUGUGUUAGCAGGCAUGAUCGUCUUUAUGAUUUUUCGAUUUGCAACUUCUCGAAGCAAUGCUGAAGCUUUUCUGACCUUUGCAUUAGAUGCUGUGGGUCUGAUCUAUAUUAUUGGUACCUUAUCAGUUCUUGUGGCAUUUGUGGACGAUGAACGACGGACACUGUACCGAAAGUUACUCAUUGCGUUACUUUAUGUCGUGUGGGCGUCCGAUACAGGGGCUUAUGUUACAGGCAAAGCAUUAGCACUUGCAAAGUAUCCGUAUUAUCACCCCCUUGCAGCUCAUUUAUCCAAAAACAAAGAUUAUGAAGGUACUCUUGGUGCAAUUGGGUUUGGAAUCGUCGCUAUGGUUGUGACAUCCGACAAACUCGAAUUACCAGGAUCCUAUAAGGCAAAAGUUCUUUUUACAGUCAUUGCGGUGAUUAUUGGACGCCUUGGAGAUUUGUUUGAAAGUUUAUUGAAACGAGCAGCUGGAGUUAAAGAUUCCGGGACUCUCAUUCCUGGACAUGGCGGCGUGUUGGAUCGUAUUGAUGCUCUAAUGUUUGCAACUCUUGUAUUUUCGCGGUACUAUGCCAUGAUGUAUUGA